AAUAAAAGGAAACAUGGCUGCUCAAAUAAUACAGACAUUGCUGCUGAGAAAGACAGAAAACAAGAUAAAAACAACAAAGUUGGCAGCUCAAAUGGUACAGGCAUUGCCCCUGAGGAAGACAGAAAGAAAUCUAAAAACAGUGAAGUUGGCUGCUCAAGUGGUACAGAAAUUACUGCUGAGGAAGACAAAAAAACUUAUGAGCAACAAGGUGGCUUCUUCCCAAACGAUGAACCUCAGGUGGAUUUCUCAUCUGGCAGCAAUACCAAAGUGGGGUCAGGAAAGGUUAGGAGGCAGGCUUCUCCUCAUCAUGCUCAUCUUAGUCCUGUUCCACCCCAAACACACCCACUUGCUAGCCAGGGUCUGCCACCAGAGAGUGAAGAGAGAAAAGGGGUGCAGAGUAAAAGGAACCUUCAUAAAAGUGUCAGGUUUCAAAUUGAUGAACAGCCUGAGGUAUUACAUCCUGUAGUAGAUGAUGAAGAAGCCGUGGACUCCUUGUCUGUGUUGUCCCCAACUGUUUACAGGGAAACAGUUUUCAUUGAGAAAGAUGAAGUUGCAACAAAAGAGAAGUGCAUUCCCAAGAGAGAUGAAAAUUCAUCCUCAUUAGUGGAAGCCAGCUUCUCUCAGAGUUGGCCAGUUAUGUUGAAAUGAAGCUUGGUCAAGAUGAAUUAUUGUCUUCGGAAAAAGCCUGCUCUAAAGUAAAACUUGAAAUACAGAGAGCCAAUUGUCAUCAGACCACAUAGAAGAGUUUGAAAGCUUAAACCAAGGCUGGCUUAUAUUGGAUAGCUCUAUUCCAAAGUGAUGAAAA